AUUCAAACAGCAGCAUAUGUUUUUAGGUUCUUCGUCUGAGACAGUCGAAACAAAGGCAUAUAUUUUUUGCGCUUAAAAUGGCGUCUGUUUGGUUGGGCUUUGUUCUGCUUAUCGCAACGUCUGUUAAUAUCGAAGCGGGAAGAAGAAUGAACAAGGUUAAGAGGUGCGAGAAGAUUGCAGUACCAGAAUGUGCCAACCUUGGGUAUGUACGCACCAAAUUUCCAAAUCCGUUCACGAAUAUAAGCACUCAAGAAGAAACAAAUAACUUGACAAGAUUCCUGCCGGUGCUUGCGCGACUGAAUUGCACAAAGACAAACGCAAUGCCGUUCCUUUGUUCCGUGUAUGUCCCCGUGUGUACGAUGAAAAAAUCCACUAUCCCACCUUGCCGUGAAUUCUGCGAAAAAGCGGUCGGCUCGUGUCCAGCCCUGGCUGAAAGCUAUGGCAUACCGUGGCCAUCGUCGCUCCUCUGCUCGAACUACCCAACUAAAAGAAGCGGCGAACAGUGCAUCGUCAGGUUGAAACCGCGAAGGAGGAACGUGAGUGGGAAGAAAGAUAAAAAGAUGAAGGGGAAGGGAGAUGAAACAAAAUGCUGUCGUUUUGGUGAAAUUGCAGCCAACAGAAAUAAGUCAUGUAACAUCUCCGAUGCGACAGCCACUACACAACGAAAACGUUUCCUCAAGGGCUUAGUCUUGUGCAAAAACUUUGAGAACAAGUUUAGCGAAUGCUGCAUGAACAGAGCCGCGAAGAUACAAGAACGUAAAGCUGGAAAACAAGAGAGAAAGGAGAACAAGAAGGCAGCUAGGAAGGAGAAACAGCAGAAAAAGCAAGAAAAGAAAGCAAACAAACAAAAGAAAAAAGACGAAAGGCAACAAAAACGAAAACAAAAGAAGGAUGAAAGAAAGCAGAAGAAAGCAGAUAGAAAACAGAGGAAGCAAAACAAGAAACAAAACAGAAAAGAAAAGAAGGAAGGGAAACGAGGUUAG